AUGGCGCAGCUGCAGGCGAAGCGACAGCUGGAGAAGCAGCAGGAUGCAAAAGACGAACUCGUUAAACACCUUCAAGUACUCAAGGAUGCGUUAACAUUUUUGAAGGAUGGGGCGGAGGGCAUUUGCGGCAAUUCGUCUUCCGGUCUUCUGGAUACAGAAGACCUUCUUAAAUCCAGCAGCAGCAGCAGCAGCAGCAGCAGCAGCAGCAGCAACAGCAGCAAAAUGUUCCCUGCUUGUAUGGUGCCCCUAACGUCACAAGCCUUGCUGCGGGCAGAGUUGCUGCCUUCUGCUGCUGCUGUGCUGCACUUAGGUAGUGACUAUAUGGCUAUGUUAGGUGUACACCCAACAGGAGAAGCAGCAGCAGCAGCAGCAGAAGAUAUGGCAGCAGCAGCAGCAGCAGCAGGAGAUAAAAAAGGAGCAGCAACAGCAACAGCAACAGCAGCAGCAGCAGCAGCAGCAGGAGAAGGAGAUAAUAUUAAGCUGUCUACUAGCUCAGGGUGUAUAGGCGUGCUGCAGCGGCGGCAGCUGCUGCUGCAGCAGCACCUUAAGAAAGUUGAAUCAGACAUUGCUGCUUCUCAAUUGCUGCUAGGGGAGGGAGGGGAGGGUCUAUGGAGUGCAGCAGCAGCAGCAGCAGGUCGAGGUGCAGCAGGAGAUAGUAAUGCAGCAGCAGCAGCAGCAGCAGGAGCAGCAGAUACUGCAGCAGCAGCAGCAGCACAAGGCAGCAAAAUAAAAAUAACACCUGAAGGAUUUAUUGAUAUAAGAGAAGAAUUAGCAGAAGGAGAAGAAGAAGAAAUACAUUUUCCUCCUCCUACCCGAUUUGCUGCUGCUGAUGAUGCAGCAGCAGCAGCAGCAGCAGCAGAUGCUGCUGAUGAUGAAGAGAGUGCAGCAAUUGCUGCACUCAUUGCAGAAGAGGAAGCACAGAAAGAAAAAGAGCAGCAGCAGCGAAAGCAGCAGCAGCAGCAGCAACAGCAGCAGGAGAGAAAUAAACCUUUUUUCCCUAGGACUUCUGCACAUCCAAGCAGCAGCAGCAGCAGCAGCAGCAGCAGCAGCGGAUGGGUAGGGGGCGUUCGUGAUGUGAUAGUGGAGCGCGACACCAGCAGCAGCAGCAACAGCAGCAGCAGCAGCAGCAGCAGCGAAUGGGUAGGAGGUGUUCGCAAUGUAAUAGUAGAGCGCACCGACAGCAGCACAGCAGCAGCAGCAGCAACUGCAGCAGCAGCAGCAGUAAGCACGAGGCCUCCUUCCUUAUUCCAGCGCAGGCUAAUGGAGCAGCAGAGGCAGCAGCAGCUGCAGCAGCAGCAACAACAACAACAACAGCAAAAUCAGGAAGAGUAG